AUGGACCCUGUUAAUGGAGAAUUACUCAGUGAUGCUGAAUUGUCUGCCUUAUCAUUAAGGAAAAGGCACAAAAUUGCAACAAGCACAGAUCUGGUUGAACUGGCUACUGCUGCCCAAAACGCUGUUGAUUUUGUCAAUUCAAACUCAUGCACGAAAUUGCGCGAGAUUGUUUCCCAAAUGCUCUCUUUAAAAGAUCGUGCCGUUGAGGUCUUGGAAGAAGCCACUCGUGAUGCCCAGCUUCAUCAAGCCAUGUGUAAUAUGGUAAAACGUCCUGGAUGUAUCUUCUAUUUCUACAGAAAGACUGAUGAUUCAGGACUAGUGGCGUCAAUCAUCUCUCCUUCGGAAUGGGGAAAGACUUGUCCUUACGCAUCAUUUUUUGGAGCAUUUCUGUUACAAAAUGACCAGUCAUGGAUACCAGUGGAGCGGCUCAAGAACAAAACCAAUAGACAAAUGGAAAUCGCUUCUCUUGUUGAUCGCCUUCGAAAUCAGCCUACUUUUUUAAAUGCACUUACGGAUGACAAUCAUUGA